ACAACCAUAACAUGGAGAACGUCGAAGAGGCCCCGCCACUCUCUUCGGAGAGCAACAGCAAUAGCAACAACAGCAGCGCCAGCAGCAGCUCUCACCAGCUCUCUCAAUCGGGUGCCAUGGGAGCAGAGGCCGAGGCCGAGGCCGCCCCCACUUCGUCUCAGUCCCUCUCUCGCUCGCACUCUCACUCACCCACCCCCGCCCCCGGCCCCUCUCACCAGCCCACCCAUCCCGAUCACCCAACUCCCCCAUCCGAAUUGGAGGCUCGCGAGAAUUCACCGCAUGAUCACUCACCCACUCCUACUUUCCACCAGACUGCACCGCCACCCACGACUCCAUCGACGGCACCGCAGCGGGAAGAGCGGCAGGAGCAGCAGGAUCAGCAACAACAAGAGCCAGAGAACCCGGCUUUGCAGGACCAAGAGCCAUUGCAGGGACAGCAGCAUCCACAUCAGGAUCAGCAGUUGCCUGAUCAAAAUCGGGAGUUGCAACAUAUUGAGGGUCUAAUCCGGCAUCCCCCACAACAGGCAUCGCUGGAAGACCAACCGGGACAAGAAGACAACCGCGAGCCGGAUGAGGCACAAGUUCGAGAGGACGAAAUCGAACCGGAAGCCGAGCCACCGCCACCGCUGCUCCUCGAAGAUCUGGACGAUCAGGACUCGGAAUCGCAGCAGGAUCUUAGCGAACAGCAGCUUCAGCCGGCGGCAGUGAUCAUAGACGCCAACGCUAUAGCCGAAACCAUAGACGCCAACGCCGUGGAGCGCAUCGACGACUACGAAGAGGACGACGAGGAGGUGGAUGAGGAGCAGGAGGAGGUGGUAGAGGACCGGGUCGAUAGAGCCGGCGAGGUCGCUUCCGUUUCCGGCGUCCAGCGGCUGCACUCGGUGGCCGUUUUGCCCCGCUACUCCUCAGCUUCACGUGCCCCGCGAGGUAGUGGCAGCAACAACAAUAACAACAACAACAAUAGCAACCAUAAUAACAACAACAAUAAUAACAGCAGCGGUCAAUCGCGACGCACUCGCCAUUUUUACAGCAACAACGGCAGUCACUUCAGCAACGACAUGUUCCCCAGCCACGCCCCCCGCAACAGCGCCCAGUCAUCGUCGUCAUCGCCGAGAAUCGGAGGUCGUCGCCAGCACUCGACCCCGGCAGCCACCUCCAAUUCGCCACAGCACCAGGGCGUCGAUCCCCUGAGGCUGCUCUAUCCCAAUGUCAACGAGGCCGAAUCGCCGCUGCCCAGGUGCUGGAGUCCCCACGACAAGUGCUUGUCCAUCGGAUUGUCGCAGAACAACCUAAGGGUCACCUACAAGGGCGUGGGCAAGCAGCACAGCGAUGCCGCCUCCGUGCGCACUGCCUACCCGAUCCCGUCCUCCUGCGGACUCUACUACUUCGAGGUGCGAAUAAUCUCCAAGGGCCGCAACGGCUACAUGGGCAUCGGCCUGACCGCCCAGCAGUUCCGGAUGAACCGCCUGCCAGGUUGGGACAAGCAGUCAUACGGCUACCACGGCGACGAUGGCAACUCGUUCAGCUCAUCCGGGAAUGGCCAGACCUACGGGCCCACCUUCACCACCGGCGAUGUGAUCGGAUGCUGCGUUAACUUCAUAAACAACACGUGCUUCUACACCAAGAACGGAGUGGAUCUGGGCAUCGCAUUUAGGGACUUGCCGACCAAGCUAUAUCCGACCGUGGGACUACAAACUCCUGGCGAGGAAGUGGAUGCCAACUUUGGCCAGGAGCCAUUCAAGUUCGACAAGAUCGUCGACAUGAUGAAGGAGAUGCGCUCAAAUGUGCUGCGCAAGAUCGACAGAUAUCCGCAUCUGCUGGAGACCCCAGAGAACUUGAUGAAUCGCCUGGUUUCCACCUAUUUAGUGCAUAAUGCCUUCAGCAAGACCGCCGAGGCCUUCAAUGGCUAUACAAAUCAGUCCUUCGACGAGGACUUGGCCUCCAUCAAGAUACGUCAAAAGAUCAUCAAGCUCAUACUGACAGGCAAGAUGAGCCAGGCCAUAGAGCACACACUUCGCUCGUUUCCCGGGCUUUUGGAAAAUAAUAAGAACCUCUGGUUUGCCUUGAAGUGCCGCCAGUUUAUCGAAAUGAUCAAUGGAGCUGACAUUGAGAACGUCAACAACAAAGUCACCGCCACCACACAGACCAUGCCCACGAACCAGACGUCCGUGAUACAGUCCACGAAGGCGUUCAAGCACAGCAAGAGCGGCAAUGGAAACGGCAACGUGAACAUCAAUCAGACUCAACAGCAACAGAACAACACUGCGAUUCCAGCUGUGAUAAAGCCACAAGGCGGCGAUAAGCCAGAUAUGAAGAACAUGUUGGUCGAUGACAACUCCAACAAGUGCGUGGACCACGACAGCAACAGCAUGGACGUGGAAAUGGAGCCCUGCCAGAGUCACGCGAACGGCGGCGACUCCUGCUCCAAUGGCAAUGCCGGCGCAGUGCGCAACUCUCUAGAUGCCAUCGACGAGGAAAUGGAUGUAGACGUUUCCCCCUCAUCGCGCAGCUGCGGCCGUGUGAUCGAGAAGAUCCUUGAGUUCGGCAAGGAGCUGUCCAGCAUGGGUCAGCAGCUGGAGAAGGAGAACCUCAUGACUGAAGAGCAGCGCCAAAUGUUAGAGGAUGCAUUUAGUUUGAUUGCCUACUCAAAUCCCUGGUCCAGUCCGCUGGGCUGGCUGCUGUGUCCCUCGCGACGCGAGAUCGUUUCCACCACGCUCAAUUCGGCCAUAUUGGAGUCACUCAACUGCGAGCGCCGUCCGCCGCUGGAGUAUCUGGUGGCCCACGCCUCCGAGCUGAUCAAGGUGAUUGGACAGCACUCGCUGGGCGAGGACGCUUUCAUUACCAUCGACGACGUGUUCCCGCAAAAUUGACCCAGCUCGCCGACGCUGCUGAAGAUGUUCGAGACCACGCUGACCCUGCCGCGAACCAGUGUGCUCACGGAACCGCUGGGCAGCGCCGGAACCGGAACAGGGCCCUCCA